GACGCGAUUUCUUGAAUCUUUAGUACUCGGUCUACCUUCGCUCGCUGAACAGAUCCCAGUGGAGUCACGCGUUUGCUACUCGCGUCACAUUUCGAUUUUUAAGUGCUUUUCAGUGGCUAUGGAUUAACUGCGCCUAUGGAAUUUAUAGAAACGUCCUCGUCUAAGUCUUUGGAGAGCUACGAAAUAGAGCGAACUUCACUCAACUUGAACUAAUCUUACUCCAGGCAGUAAUUACAAUUGUAUAUUAAAUGUGAAUUAUACAAUUUGAGAGAGAGAGAAGGGGAUCUAGUAACUGAUGUGAUUGACUUGCUUUACUAACUUCCUCUUCUUUAAGGUAUUCAGUGAACAACUAAAGAAGAGAAGCUUCUCGAGUUAUACUCCAUAUUUAAGAUAAUGAUCACCUGAAGAUGAAUUCUAGUCGAAACGGCGUGGAUGGCGGUUAUAAUUGCCGCGUGAAACUGAAUCAAAUUUUAGCCAUAGUGGUGCGGAAAGAGGGUUGUAGAGGAGAUCCUGGCGACUUCUGGAUGUACGAAAAUGGUUAUUUAUUGUUCCAGGGGUUGCUAUCCUCGAAUUCUGUCUGUUGGUGGAAUAAUGGUCUGAAUGGAGCCACAAAAAGUUUAAUAUAUUAUGGAUAUGUAAAUCCUGGUGCACUUUUGGUUGGGUCGGAGCCAUGUGCCUUGGAAAUUUUGAGGAAUGCUUGGGCCAGGAGAGUAUUGCAACCGCCGCCGGGGUACCAAAUAGUAGCAUUAGAAGAUUUAGAACACUGCUCACUGACUCCAGUGGCGCAGACCCAAUGGACACCACUCCCGGAGGCAGUGUGCGCUGUAGUUCUUAGGCUGUCUAGUCAAGGCCGGCCAGCCGGACUCGAAACCAUCAGAGAAUCCCUUAUGCUGGCUUUUCCCCAUGUUUCACCUCCAAGCGAACACGCCCUCUACGAUACUUUGGCGCAGCUCACCAAGGAAAGAAAGCUUUACAAUACUUCUAGUGGAUACUUCAUCGUUACACCCGAGCGUAGAAGGUCUCGAAGUCAGUCAAGAGGUAGAAAGAGAGAAGAAAACGGCACCGAUCCUAUACCGAACAAAACAAUGCUUAUGACAACGGACGAGGCAAUGGUCAUGGUCCACGGAGAUAUGGCUACUAUAAGGGAUGGUAACGUUACCCACCAAUGCAUUCAGACUAAUUUGGCUGACGUCAUCUGCGGAGGAAACGCAAGUGAUAAGGUUCUCUACCCAAGAACGAAGAGGCGAUCCGCGUCUUUCCCAUCUCCCAGAAGUCCAGAUCGAAGAGGUUCCUUCAGGCUAUGGAGCUCCAACAGACGUCUUCGAAGAUCAGCUUCGACUAGAACCAUUUCAAAGCAUUACGUAGACACCAGCAGCAGCACAGAAUAUCCAAACAGUGGGGACUCGACACCGACACCGAAGAAGGAAUCUCUCCUUUCGAGGUUAUUCAGGAGGUCUAAGAGGUCACAAUGCCACAUUGGAACUUUCAGUGCUCAGUUCCCGCCAACGGAAUGGUUCAACUCGAAAGCUGUGCAUCUGCAUAAUGUUGGCACCCAAACGGCCGCCACAGAAAAGGAAACUGGUUUGAAUAUAGCAGCGUACCUCGAUAACUGCGAGAUUGGUUCCUCGAGAUCCGCCACCUUACCCAGAAAUCACCGCAGGCAACUAUCUAGCGACGUCACCAUCGGCACGCCAUAUACAGCCUCUAGGGAAAAUUCCCCCAUAACGCGAUAUUCCAACUCUUACACAACCAGCACCCUGCCAAAAAAACAAAGCUAUCGUUGCCGAGACAGCUUAAGGAAAAGCAGCAGAACUAGUCUAAACAAACCGUCAGUUUCGAAAACUGCCGAAACUUCUAUCGAAAUUAAGCCAAACGAAAGCAUCGAUACAAAUCUUUCUAGUCGCGGUUCCCUCAAACAACCCGGAAUGUCCAGCGAUACAGAUCCUACAAAAACUAGUCAAAGAUACACAACGAGCUUUAGCUAUGAGGAACCCAUAGAGUCUUCGACGGAUUCGCCAGUGAAGAACCUCUCCAGUAUCGACAAUAGCGGCCCAAGCAGUAUAGAGUCGCAUAAAAGCAGUAAAACAGGCAGUUCCCUAACUAGCGGCCCUUCUAGCUUAGAAUCGCAUAAGACGGUUAUCGACAGGAAUCUAUUAGACUCUCCUAUGAGUACCGAAUCGAGAAAUAUUAAAAAGCACGCCAGAAAAGUGUCCGCUGCAAAGAACAAAGUCUCUCCGAGUCCCGUAAUUCCCAUGUCGCACAGUAAUUCCUUUACGCUUCAAGUGACAACUAACCAAAAUGGAUUGAACGUCAACAGCAAAACAAAUGCCACUACCACGACUACAAUCAACGGCGGCACCGCAGGUAACACGAAAAUAUUCGUCCAGAACUCCCCGGUAAGAUCAGUUAUUACAUUUGAAAAUGGACAGGCGGAAAACAAUCCAAACGUGAUCGUCAUCGGAGAUGGUACCGAACAAACGAGAGAAAAUUGCGACGUGAAGCCAGCAAAGAACACUAACCAGUUCAAACAGUCACAACUAAGUUUGAACAAUUCUACCAAUUUUGAAAGUACUGCCAACAACGACUCUAAAGGUGAAGCCAUGAACAACAAUCGAAAAUUGUCCCUACAGCUGCCAUCGCGAGAUAGCCUGAGCUAUCACAAUUUAAUCAAAAAUGUUUCGUCUGGUUCCCACAACCAGUAUAAUUCUACGUCCAACCCAGAUUCGCCAAUAGCAAAUACUUUCAGGGAAUUCUCAAAAAAUUCCCUCUUUACCAGCACGCCUCCUAGUCCCACAAAAAGUUACGACGGUAUUCCCAUGCUAUUUUCUGGGAAGUACAUAAAGAACGAAGUCGAUACGAAAACUUCAGUCGAAAAAUCCUUUUACGGACUGGAAAACGGAAAGGCGCUGGACAAGAACGUGAUAGGUUCGGAGCCAAAUAUUUGUUACAAAGAGAAAACUUUAACGAGGGAGAACAGUAACCACCAGUUCCCCAGCCUAAGCGACCUCAGUUUCAAUUUUACCAGCUUGGCGGCGCAGAAGAUUCUGAAAGGUGUCAGCAUUAAUAGCGUGGACACCUUGGUGGAGCUGAACAUGGCCGCCAACGUGGAGAAACAAAAUAACUGUGAUGUGGUGCAUACGGAUUUCGGCCUGUUCUGAUGAUUGAUUCUUUUGCAAACUUUUUCAAACAAAGUUCGCAAUAAGAUGUGUACAUAUAUGAGUCGGCUUUUUUCGCUGACUGAUGACGGUCUAGAUACCCCCUACUUAAAUAUAUUUUUAUGAAGCAGAAAAUGUAUACAAGUAUCUUAAAGAUUUGUAUGUAUUUUGUAAUUUUGUAUAUUUAUUAUGUAAUGUGUAAUAAAAUGUAUGUAUCUCA